AUGGCUCCUAUUGGCUACAGUCAGCUUCAAGAUGAAAGAGUAUUUCCUUCGGUCAAUGGUGUACCUGCAGAUCCUGGAUAUCCUGGAACACCUGAAUAUCCUGGACCACCUGGAUAUCCUGGACCACCUGGAUAUCCUGGAACACCUGAAUUUCCUGGUCCACCUGGGUCUCAACAUCAAAAAAGAGAACCAGGAAGGCCAGGGAGGCAAGGAAGGCCAGGAAGUGAUGGACCACCUGGCCCACCUGGCCCACCUGGACCUUGUGAAAUAUGUAGACAAGGUUCCACUGGAUCCAGUAGCCCGGACCUUGCUAAGUUAGAGUUGGCCAUAAACUACGACUUUGUCCGGAAAGUUGGUCAGAAGUACUUUGUGUCCUACAAGAAGCGAGGCUCUUUCUCCAAGGCCGUUGAGUUCUGCUCCCAACAAGGCUUAGAGCUGGCUUUACCCCAAAAUGAAGAAGAGAACAAUGUGUUGACUCAAAUGUUCUCGGGUGAUAACCAUCAAGUCUGGAUCAAUGUCAACAACAAAAAAGAGUGGAAUUUUGAGGUUGAUAUGAAAAAACAACCUCUAACCUUUACCAAAUGGGGAGAAGGGCAGCCAGACAAAUCCAUCAGCAAUACAGGCUGCACCAUGGUGUCAGAAGAUGGUGUCUGGAUUCUGAAUCAAAAAUGCUCCCUGACUGCAAUCAUCGUUUGUCAGUUAUAGAAAUGUCUUGUAUACCUUGCAAGUCUUACUUCAGUGAAAAGUUUUUCAUGUACUCAAACAUGAGCCUGCAGUACUGCAUUACUUUUGUAACUGUAGGUGGGUCGGGAGGCAGUAUAAACUGUUAUAACCAGUUCAGGAACUGUUUCUAUGAUCUGAAGUAUUUGCUUUCAGAUUUAAUAGUCUCCGAAGUCUGUUUAAUGUUAAUCUAAGAAAAAAAGUAUAAUUGUAUCAGUACAGUUGCAUGCA